AUGCCUGCCGUCUCGGCCGCCGCCUGCUGCGCCGCCGCAGCGACGGCUAACGAGGUCGCUGAGGACCUCUUCGGCUUCCUGCGCGUGCUCAGUGACGGCACCGUGCUCCGGUCGCCGGCAGGCCCGGUGUUCUGCCCGACCACCUUCCCCGGCAGCCACCCGUCCGUGGAGUGGAAGGAGGCCGUCUACGACAAGGCCAAGAACCUCCACGUCCGCAUGUACAAGCCGACGCCGACGCCGACCGCGUCCGUGGGGAAGAAGAAGAAGCUUCCGGUGCUCGUCCACUUCCACGGUGGCGGCUUCUGCCUGGGGUCGUGCACGUGGGCGAACGUCCACGAGUUCUGCCUCCGCCUCGCCGCGGACGCCGGCGCCGUCGUGCUCUCCGCGGGGUACCGCUUGGCCCCCGAGCACCGCCUCCCCGCGGCCUUCGACGACGGGGCCGGAUUCAUGCGCUGGCUCCGAGACCAGUCCGCCGGCGGCGCCGCCUCCGACGGAUGGCUCUCGGAGGCCGCCGACUUCGGGCACGUGUUCGUCACUGGCGACUCCGCGGGCGGCACGAUCGCGCACCACCUCGCCGUGCGCGCUGGCAGUGGCAGCGGCUCAGCCGCGGCGGAUCCAGAGCCAGGCCUUGUGACGGUCCGCGGCUACGUUCUGUUCAUGCCGUUCUUCGGCGGCGUACGGCGCACGGUCUCGGAGGCCGAGUGCCCGGAGGAGGCGUUCCCGAACCUGGACCUGGUCGACCGGUUCUGGCGGCUGUCGCUGCCGACCGGCGCCACCAGGGACCACCCAGUGGCGAACCCGUUCGGGCCGGACAGCCCCGACCUGGGCUCGGUGGACUUCCCGCCGGUACUCGUGGUGGUCGGCGGCCUCGACUUGACCCGCGACCGCACCGUCGACUACGCGGAGCGGCUGGUGGCGAUGGGCAAGCCCGUGGAGCUCGCCGAGUUCGCCGGCAAGCCCCACGGGUUCUAUCUGCACGAGCCGGCGUCCGAGGCCACCGGCGAGCUCAUCCAGACCGUCGCCCGCUUCGUCGACGGCUGCGGCGCCAUCACUGCGUCAGAGGCUGCUGCUUAA